AAAGUUAUCAUCUGUUUGGGUUGAAAAUUGAAACGCGAUUUUUUCGUAAUUCCAUCUCGCCUUACAAACACAACACCGCACUAAUGGCGAUACAUAUGAUAUGAUUCAUGUGUUACACACUCUCUCUCUCCAUCUCGUAUGUUUCAUUACAACUACAUAAAACUUUACGUAUAAUAAUAUUGACACUACGAUAGGGAGACGUAGGUAACGUCGGUGACGGAGGAACAGUGAUAAAAAACAUGGUUAGUACGACAUUGUCGUACAUGCUGGAAAGAAAAAACAAACCGUAAAAAGCAAAACAAAGCAUUGCAGCAGCAAUGGUUGAAAAAACCAAGCCAAGGCACCAAAGCGAACCAAAACCAAAACCUCUUAACUUCGUGUCAUAAUUUCUCUCGUUCUUUUUCAGUUUCCUAGGAUAUGCUGCCACCGUUGGUUAACUCUGCGGCUGCUCUCCGCCGGCGGUGAGAGACCAUGCAAGAGACGCUUCUCACUCUCCCUCUCUCUCACCACCAAGACAUCCACAUUCGGGCCAAGAAGAAAAAGCCGCAGCAGCCGGGAAGCGGACAUAGCAGCAGCAACAGCAGUAGCAGCGGCGGCCACUCCACCACUCGCGUGUCGCGGCGCGUGAGUCCUGUCGGGGAGAAGUCUCUGCCCAACGGAGACAUCUACAGCGGCACCCUGUCGGGGAACGCGCCGCACGGCACCGGGAAGUACCUCUGGUCCGAUGGGUGCAUGUACGAGGGGGAGUGGCGAAAGGGGAAAGCUUGUGGCAAGGGGAGGUUCUCGUGGCCCUCCGGCGCCACCUACGAGGGGGAAUUCAAGUCGGGUCGGAUAGACGGGUUCGGAUCCUUCAUCGGCGUCGACGGCGACAUGUACAGAGGGUCCUGGAUGGCCGAUAGAAAGCACGGGUUCGGCGAGAAACGAUACGCUAAUGGGGAUGUGUAUGAAGGUUGGUGGAGGUGCAACUUGCAGGAGGGGGAGGGGAGGUACACAUGGCGGAACGGCAACGAGUACGUGGGGGAGUGGAGGGGUGGUGUGAUUUCGGGGAAGGGUGUUCUGGUGUGGGCGAAUGGGAACCGUUACGAGGGGUUUUGGGAGAAUGGUGUGCCUGUGGGGAAGGGUGUUUUCACGUGGUGUGAUGGGAGCACGUGCGCGGGGAACUGGGGGAAGGAGUUUAUGGAAGAGGCACGUGAGGAGAAGAUGAAGAGGAGUUCUGUGGAUGGGUGUAGGAGUGUGAGCUUUCCCAGGAUUUGUAUUUGGGAGUUGGAUGGAGAAGCUGGGGACAUCACCUGUGACAUUGUUCACAAUGCUGAGGCUUCUCUGUUCUACAGGGAUGGCACUACUGCCAGUGAGUCUGAGAACGGUGGAGAUGAUAUUAUUAUCAAUAAUAAUAAUGGGUGUGGGGUUUUGCAGAAGAGUCCUUGUUGGUCUCUUGAUGGUUCUGGUGGUGAGGUUAAGAAGCCUGGUCAAACUGUGUCCAGAGGGCACAAGAAUUAUGAUCUCAUCCUUAAUCUUCAACUGGGUAUCAGAUACACUGUUGCCAAGCAUGCUUCUAUAGUGAGAGAGCUUAGACCAGGGGAUUUUGAUCCCAAGGAGAAGUUCUGGACUAGGUUCCCACCUGAAGGGUCUAGGUUUACGCCCCAGCAUCAUUCAGUGGACUUCAGGUGGAAAGACUACUGCCCCAUGGUGUUCAGACAUCUAAGGGAAUUAUUUGCCAUAGAUCCUGCGGAUUACGUGCUUGCUAUUUGCGGAAGUGACUCACUUAGGGAGAUGUCUUCUCCGGGAAAAAGUGGAAGCAUCUUUUAUCUCACUCAAGACGACCGCUUCAUAAUUAAGACUGUCAAGAAGUCUGAAGUCAAGGUGCUCAUUAGGAUGCUUCCAAGCUACUACCAACAUGUUUGUCAGUACAAAAAUUCCUUGGUGACUGCAUUCCUGGGCGUGCAUUGUGUCAAACCUGUUGGAGGUCAAAAGACCCGGUUUAUUGUAAUGGGCAAUGUGUUUUGCUCCGAGUACCGGAUCCACAAGAGAUUUGACCUCAAAGGUUCUUCUCAUGGUCGAACAACGGAUAAGCCAAGGGAGGAGAUUGAUGAGACUACCACUCUCAAAGACCUUGAUCUUAAUUUUGUCUUUCGCCUGGAACAGUCUUGGUUUCAAGAGCUUAUACGGCAAGUCGAUAGAGACUGUGAGUUCUUGGAAGCAGAGGGAAUCAUGGAUUACAGUCUUCUAAUUGGCCUGCAUUUUCGUGAUGAUUGCUCGGUUGAUGAAAUGAAAAGUUCACCACGCAAUUCAUAUUCAGGUAUUUGUAUACUUUUUGUAGUUUUUUGGUUCCAAAUCCUGGAGGGGUAUAAAAUCUUAUGUGUUAUUGAUUUACCAGGCAAGAGAGACAUGCUUGACGAUGAAAUGCUCACAUGCCGGGGACCUCUGAUCCGGCUGGGAAUGAACAUGCCUGCCAGAGCCGAGAGUGUGUGUAAGGGUGGAUUGGAUCAGGCAGCGGGUAGUGGAAGUGGCAAUUCAUGUUGUAUCCCUUCAGAGAGUAACAACAACAGGCAGAUAUCUGAUGUAAUCCUCUACUUUGGUAUCAUUGACAUUCUCCAAGACUAUGAUAUAAGCAAAAAGAUAGAACAUGCAUACAAGUCGUUACAAGUGGACUCCACCUCUAUCUCAGCUGUUGAUCCCAAGCUGUACUCCAAAAGGUUCAGGGAUUUCAUACACAGAAUCUUUGUGGAGGAUAAAUGAGCAAUGAUGUUCUUGGAGGCAAAGGAUCUGGCUUGCUAAGGUGACAUUCCAUGCACAAGGGAAUGCUUAAUUUUGCAUAGAUGGACUGGAAUUCAUUAUGGUUGUUGAUGGCUAAAUUUUUCUCAUAGCCAUUGCAAAGAUAAUGGUUGAAAAUUGAAAGGGACGGGGGGAGAGGACUUUGGACAGGAAUGACACUUGUUUUUCACUUUUGUUGGGAAGGGAGAGAGAGAUUGUCACAGUAGCUUGUACAGGGCAUGUGAUAAGAGUUCUUUAUUUGGAUUGCUUUUGUUAUGGAUGUAGACAUUGUGGGGUGUGGAGAGAGAUUGAAAUUGAGGCGGAGGGGGGGUUAAUAACUGUACAGACAGUCAAAAGAUUGAUAAUAGAAUUGAAUUGAACAUAGAUUUUUGGUUGGAGGACCGAAAAAGAGAUGGUAUACCUGUUGAGCAAGAAAGAAAAGUUCCCAGAGGGACCCCCCUUGGUGGCCCUCACUCUCUCUCUUUCUGUCUCUGUGAUGUGCGUUCAAACGGGUUUUUUUAAAACUUUUUUCAGUAGUAAUAUGCAUAAAAAGAAGAGAAAAGCAGAAGAGAGAAAGGAAGAGGUGGGUGUUUCGUUGGUGUUUGAUGGAUGUCCCUUGCAAAAACGAAGUUUGAAAAAGCAGAAUAACAAUAAUACAGUGUUAUGGUAAUGUCCCUUUUACUUGUUUUGAACAAUACACAGAGAAGGAUGGAAAGAAGACGACAAAACAAUCACGUCAAUGUGGACCCUUGUGGCAUCUGAUAGGUAUUUAUGCAUGUUAUGCCUCAGCAUUUUAAUAAUGAGAAAAAUGAUGGAACUUGGCAGAGAAGUCUCCGCUUCACUCAAUCACUGACCCCACAAAGACCAAAAAAAUAGCGAUUUUGAUAUGUAUCUCAUGUGGUCAAAUCAGAGCGAGGAAGAGAGAAUAGUGGAUUUUGUGUUGGCAUUGAGAUCCUAAUGCUGCAGCUGCUGCUUCUGCUGCUGCUAUGAUUUGGCAGUUUUUGAGCGUGACCAUGUCCUUUUUCCGACACCACUGCUAGUGAAACAUCCUUGUAAUUGUAGAAUAGUCAUUAUACUCAAUCUGCCACUGUCUAUUGCCUACCUGGUAUCUCUUGUUCGUUUCCUAUUUCUUCUCAAAACACUCACAAAUUCAUCAUUUUUCAUUCA